AUGCAGGCGAAGGAACCACACAAAAAUGUUGCCGUAGUUGGCACGGGAAUGGCCGGGUUAGUGGUCGCAUACAUGCUCAGGAGCGAUCCUCAAGGGAGAUUCGACGUGGAAGUUUUCGAAAAGCAAGAGAAACUUUCGCUCGAUUCCGCAUCAUACAAUCUCACAACCCAAAAUGGCGGAAGCGCAAAGACCCAACGCCUCGAUCUUCCCAUGCGCACAUUCGCCGACGGAUACUACGAAAGUCUCAAGCGAAUGUAUGAUUAUUUCGGUAUCCCAUACGGCUCGCUACGGUUUAUUUACUCCCUGUCGACACUACCGAACAACCCCACGAAACAAACCUCCCCAUACUUCAUGCAUUCCUCAAAUAACCACCAAAUACCUCCCCUGCGCCCGGAGGGCUUAUCAUGGACCGGGUGGCUGCUCGAGAUUUGCUACCUGGCAAUAUGCUAUUAUUGGUUCAAAGUCUGCUGUUUCUUUGUAGCGCCCAAGACUCUGGAGUCGUCUGGCACGGAGGAGUCUCUGCGUCAAUAUUUGGAUAGGAUUAUGUUGCCCAGUUACUACGUGAAGCACUACUUCCUGCCGGUCUUCGCGAGCGUUGCGACUUGCUCACACGACGAGUUAAUGGAUUUCCCGGCUCUUGAUCUGGUCGGUUAUGGGAGACGAACGUUCCGUAAGAACCACUACACUGUUCUUGGUGGAGUCCAGCAUGUCGAGCAGAAGCUGUCCGAAGACUUGACGUAUAAACUUGGCGCGAAGGUUACGGCAGUCGAGAACAUCGGCACAAAAGUUCAAGUGAGCUGGACAAAUACCCAGGAUGGCCAGAGCAGCUCACGGCUAUUUGACCAUGUCAUUCUGGCUGUGACGCCUGAUGUGGUUGGCGCGAUUUUCCAGCCUCUCCGAAGCGCAAUGAAGGCCGUCCCCACUACGACCGUUCAAUCCGUUGUGCACCGUGACUUUUCCGGGAUUGGUGAUUCUAGCAAAUCCCUCUGGUCGCAAGUUUCCUUGAAUCGCGGCGAAUCACCACCUCACCCACUCCACAUGUGCUCAAAUGCUACAGCGACGGAGACGAUCCAUGAACAUCCGUCAGCCGCUCUUAUUACGACUUAUCCCAUUUCUCCGAUUGACCCCGAUAAGGUCUUUUACACUGCCACAUUCACUCGUGUCUUGCGAUCGUCCACCAGCAGACAAAUCAUCAAUGAGAUUUUCAGCCAGAAGAAGUUUGGGGAUGACAAGAGCCAAUUUUGGCGGAAUGGAGAUGGAAAUGUCUGGCUCGUUGGUGGUUGGUGCUGGGACGGGAUGGUACUGCUUGAGGGAUGUCUCGCUUCCGCGACAAGGGUCGCAAACGCCCUUGAUGUCGAGGUGCCCUGGAUGAAAGACUCUUCUUUAUAA